CCUUCAUAUCCAUCCUUUGGUAGGAAAGUUCCACUCCUCAGCUCUCUUUGAUGGAGCCAUUCCCUAACCCUUUUCGGUGAACCGGAUGCGAUUUUCCCGCCAGAAGUGAAUGUCUUGAGUAUAAGUCAUUGCGAUAUUCCUGCAAGGAGACUACGAAUCGUUUGGAAUGUCCCGCCCUGAUCUGACACCAAAGACGUUUACCGCGUGGUGAUAAUUUACAUAUAAAUCCCUCAACCUGUCUUAAUAUUGGCUCUUGGACUAUAAGCUUCGACUUCCCCGGGAAUAUCUAAGCACAGACAGGUUUCUCACGCCGCCGCCCAUACUUUUGUCUGGGUGUCCUCGCGAACCCGCAAGCAUGGUGGCUGUUGAGGAUGAGGAGAUGCCCUCGACCCCUUGCAGUGAUUGCUCUAAUGUGUCCGUCGUGGACUGGGAUGGCCCCAAAGAUCCCCAGAAUCCAUUCAACUGGCCCACUUCCAGAAAAUGGCUAAUGACCAUCACUGCUCUGAUCACCACCUUCGUGGCCCUCAUGAAUGGCACUAUCAUUACAGUCGCCCAUGAAGCAAUUAACGAUGAAUUCAACGUCAGCGAUGCCACUUUCCCCAACUCAUACUGGCCCGUCGCCUCUUGGACGAUGGGUGGCGUCUUCUUCUGUCUUCUUAUUCUUCCCCUCAUGGAAGACUUCGGUACCCGUAUUACAUUCCUUCUGACCAACUUCAUCUUCUUAAUAUUUAUUAUACCACAAGCCGUUGCUCAGAAUUUCGCCACUCUCAUCAUCGUCCGCUUCUUCGCUGGUGGCUGCGUGGCCGUGCUCGGCAACGGCUCAGCAAGCAUCAUCGGCAAUCUCUUCGAGACAGAGAUGGCCCGCACGAAACCUGUCGCUCUCUGGAUCGUCGCCUAUCUCGGUGGAAGUAGUGCGGGGCCACUAAUCGGUGCACCUAUCUUCGCACAUCUGUCCUGGCGAUGGCUCUCCUACCUGCAACUCAUCUGGGUCGGCGCAUUGCUGCUCGUGAAUAUCGUCAUCCUGAAGGAAACCAGGGGAUCUGUUAUUCUGAAACGCCGAGCCCGGAAACUGCGAGAUAAGGGCGAAAAUGCCUACACGCAGCACGAACUCCAAGCCGAGCCGCUACGCCAGGUCCUACUCACCAGCAUCCGCCGACCCUUCAAGCUGCUCUUCACCGAAUACGUCGUGUUCUUCUCCACGCUCUGGUCGGCCUUCACCGUCGGCACACUAUACCUGUUCACGCAAUCCGUCGAGCAGGUCUUCGUGGGACUGUAUAACUGGACGCCCGUGCAGGCAGGGUACGUCCAGGCGGCGGUGUUCAUCGGGGAAGUGUGCGGGUGGUUUUUCUCGUUAAUCUCUGCGAGAUUGUACUUCAACUCUUCGAAGCGCAAUAAGGAAAUCCCCGGGACGCCCAUUCCAGAGGCUAGACUGUAUCUUUCUGUUGGUGGGGGUAUCUUCGGCAUUGCGGGGGGAAUGUUCGUGUACGCAUGGACAUCUUACCCCUCCAUGCCGUGGAUUGCUCCGGCCGUGGGACUCUGGAUGGUGGGCAUGGGCAGUGUGGUGGUGGUCAGUGGGAUUGCAGAUUACGUGGUAGACGCGUACUGCAAGUAUGCCGGGAGCACGAUGGCUUGUUUUGUGGUUGGGGAGAAUACUGUCUCUGCGUUCUUGCCGCUGGCUACUUCCAGUAUGUACAAUACCUUGGGAUUCCAGUGGGCGAGCACGUUGUUGGCGUUUAUCAGUUUGUUGUUGACACUGGCGCCGUUGUCGUUUAUUGUUUGGGGAAAGAGCAUUCGUGAGAGAAGCCCGUUUAUGGCGGAGGCGAUGCUGGAUAAAAGGGCGGAUUUAAUGCGGGAGCCUAGUAAUGGGCCGGCGAGGGAAAUUAGGGAGUAGCUUUCUUGUUUUGGGAUGUAUGUAUGUUUGAUGAUUGCAUGAGAGCGUGUGGCCUGGUGCCAUUAGAAUGAUGAACGACUAUGUAUGUAAUGGGUUUGUUGUAUGUCGGUAGAGCGUUUGAUUCCGUGACUGGUCAGUAGUAUGAUGAAUGUAAUGAGCGG